GAGAUAUGACUCCUAAAAAAACAAAAAAGAAAACAGACAAAGAGAUAUGGCUAAUUUCAACUUAACUUUUCCAAAAUGAAUAUCUGAAUGAAAGAGAAAUUCUUCUUCUUCGGGUUGUGGCGGACCAGAGCAUUUUUCUUUUGAUAGAGUUCAUGGAAACUACCCAGAAUCAUGGAGAGAGAGGAUUUUCCGUCAAGCUGUGGCCUCCGAAUGAGAACACCCGCUUGAUGCUGAUAGAGCGCAUGACCAGUAAUCUUUCUUCGGAAUCCUAUUUUUCCAGAAGGUAUGGUCUUCUGAGCAAAGAAGAAGCUGCACAAGAUGCUAAAAAAAUAGAAGAAAUAGCAUUUGCUGCCGCAAAUGACCAUUCCAGUAGAUACCCAAGUGCAGAUGGGAGUUCUACUGUGCAGGUUUAUGCAAAAGAAUCAAGCAAACUAAUGUUGGAGGCUCUUAAGCGAGGACCCUGCACAGCCAAAACAAGAGACCUUGUUGCUGGGGACGCAUUCUGUGAAACUGCUGAAUUGAAAGAAACUGUUAUUGAUAUAUCAGGAGGAACACCAAGAUUUGUUGACGAAGCUUUAGCCACAGAGCUCUUAAGGCCAUUAAAAGAGCCUGGGAAUUCUUAUACAAAGAUAUGCUUCAGCAACCGAAGUUUUAGUCUCGGGGCCGCCUCUGUUGCCGAAAGGGUUUUGAUGGGUGUUCAAAAAAAUUUAACAGAUGUGGACCUUGCAGAUUUUAUUGCUGGAAUUCCUGAGGCUGAGGCUCUUGAGGUUAUGUCCAUAUUUUCCUCUGUAUUAGAAGGGUGUAUGCUGAGAUCCUUGAAUCUUUCAGAUAAUGCACUAGGAGAGAAGGGCAUUAGGGCUUUUGGAUCACUCUUGAAAUCGCAGAAAACAUUGGAAGAAUUGUUUUUCAUGAAUACUGGUAUCUCCGGAGAAGCUGCAAGAGCCAUCUGUGAGCUUCUUCCAUCUGUUGAAAGGAUUAAGACUCUGAAUUUCAAUAACAAUAUGACAGGAGAUGAUGGAGCAGAGGCCCUUUCAGAACUUGUUAAUAAAUGCAUUGCUUUGGAGGAUUUUCAAUGUUCAUCAACCAGAAUAGGUACUGAAGGUGGAAUUGCUUUAGCAGGGGCUUUGGGGAAAGGUAGCAGGUUGAAAAAGCUCAAUUUAACGGAUAACAUGUUUGGGAAAAGAGGUGGGGUUGCUGUGAGCCGAGCCAUCUCUGGACAUCUAGGUCUCACAGAAGUGUACUUGAGCUAUUUGAAUUUUGAGGAUAAAGGGGCAAUAGCUAUUGCCAAAAGCCUCAAAGAUGGAGCUCCAUCUCUCAGGGUUCUUGAGAUUGCAGGAAACGAAAUCACUCCGAAAGCAGCUCCUGCUUUGGCAGAAUGCCUUGCUUUAAAAAACUUGCUGGCAAAAUUUGUUGUAUCAGAAAAUGAACUCAAGGAUGCGGGAUUACUUAUCAUAUGCAAAGCACUUUUGGAAGGUCAUGAUCAUCUCAAAGAACUUGAUUUGAGUACAAAUGGUAUCACUGGAAUUGGAGCAAAGGUUGCAGCAGAAACUGUUGCAAACAAGCCUGAUUUCAUUCUGCUUAAUAUUGAUGGGAAUUACAUUUCUGAGGAAGGAAUAGAGACCAUCAAAUAUGUGCUGAGAAAAGGUGCCAAGGGUGUUUCUGUGCUUGGAUCUCUGGAAGAAAAUGAUGAAGAGGGUGGAGGUGAUGAUGAAGAAAAUGAAGAUGAUAACGAGGAUGUGGAUGAGGAGGAAAGUAGUGAUGAUGAUACGGAGUUAGAGGAGAAACUUCAGAGGCUGAAAGCUUAGUAUGCCAUGGAGAUUUUUAGUGUAGGCAUAUGCAUUAGGACAAUUUUGGAUACACUAAUCCCUUGAAGGUGAACUUUCACAAGUUUAGCACAAUUUUAGCAACCACAGGUAAGUCCUUUUUGGCUCUACAGUGGUAAGUCCAUUUCCUCUUUUCUGAUUGGGAACAAGCUUAACCUUAAUCUGAAUAUAUGAGCCCUACUAUAUGAACUGGAGGGUUCCUAAUGUUGCAAUUGUUGACUGUCAUGACUUUGGGUCCUGUUUUUUUAGUUUGCAUUACUGACGGCAUUGAAAAUAUCGGUCAUUUUGCCAUCAUCUUUAAUGAUGAUAGGUUUAUCAGUAAGAGCCCUUGUUCAAAAGGUCUGCUUGUGCAGCAGCUAUCUUUAUAAGGGACAUGCUUAUUAAUCUAUGAAUGUCUGAUGUUUAAGAUUCAAA